CUGSCGAGGUGCCCUCCGCAGGAUGCCGCACAAGAUCGGCUUUGUGGUCGUGAGCUCCUCGGGACACGAGGACGGCUUCAGCGCGAGGGAGCUGAUGGUCCAYGCGCCCACCGUGAACGGCUGGCGAUCGCCCAGACUCUGUCAGUAUCCACAGGAGAUAGUUCUGCAGUUGGUGGAAAGAUGUCGAAUACGGAAGCUACAGUUGCUUGCUCACCAAUACAUGAUUUCAAGCAAAAUUGAGUUCUACAUYAGUGAAAACUUGCCUGAAUACUUCUCUCCUUAUCAGUCAGAGAGGUUUCACAGACUAGGUUAUGUCCCUCUCUCAGAUAAUGAAAAAACUGGAUUUAAAGCACGAGAGUUAAAAUCUGUAUACAUGGAUGCAGUUGGCCAGUACCUAAAGCUGAUUUUCCAUAAGAAUUAUGUCAAUAAAUACAACCUAUACAGUCAGGUUGCCCUAGUAGCCAUAAAUAUCAUUGGAGAACCUGCCGACUACAGUAAUGACAGCAGUAACAAUACUUCAAGAGAGAAGCUGAUAGACCACUACUUAGGAAGUAAAUCAGAUGAUCCAGCCUUGGAUGGAACGUACUUUGGGAAGCCUGACUCCAUUUCACCUCUGGAUGAUUUGGCUUUUGACAUGUACCAGGACCCAGAAGUUGCCCAGAUAAUACGCAGGCUGGAUGAGAAGAAGCGCGAAGCUGUCCGUCAGGAGCACUACGACUAUGCCAAGAAACUCAAACAAGCAAUCGCAGACUUGCAGAAGGUAGGGGAACGCCUUGGACGCUAUGAGGUAGAGAAACGCUAUGCUGUGGAGAAGGAGGAUUAUGAUCUUGCUAAAAAGAAGAAACAGCAAAUGGAAGAGUAUCGCCUGAAAGUGUACCAGCAACUGGAGCUGCAUAACCUUCUGGAUCCAGAGCUGAUGAUUCAAAGACCACCCGAGUUGCCUUUGGAGCCCGUGAUUUGUGCUGGUAGUUCUCGGCACACAAAAGCCGUAAAUUCACCUCCUCRUGAGAAAGUGGAGCUGCAAGAAGGCGAGUCGCAGAAAGCAGAGCCUUUGCUGGGAGAGAAGGCGGUGAAGCACGCUUCUCCGGAGCCCAUUGCUCCCCACCAAUCUCUUCCUCCUGUGGCUCAUCCCUCAGGGGAAGAGUUUCCUAAAGAUAAUGUUGAGUUUUUACCUUACGAUGAAAGACCUCUUCCAGCUAUCCGUAAGCAACCUGAGGAAGGAAUUGCAUCCCUGGAGCCAGAGACAACUGAAGAGGGUGUCAGUGACAGUCCAAGAAGCGGCAUUACUGGGGAGCCAGAACCAUUAACAGAGAGGGCACUGAGGGAGGCCAGCCCUGCCAUUGAAGUUUUUGGAGAAGUCUUGGUUUCAGGAGCAUAUUCCAAGACGUGGUCCUAUCGAGAAGAUGCAUUACUUGCUGUGUAUAAGAAGCUGAUAGAAGUGUCAGUGAGCACUCCAAAGGACGAUUUAAAGAACAUGCUGAGGGCUGCCAUUUUCCUUGUAAGGAGAGCCAUAAAAGACAUUGUAUCUUCAGUUUUUCAAGCUUCCCUAAAACUUCUGAAAAUGAUCAUUACGCAAUAUAUACCGAAGCAUAAAUUAGGAAAACUAGAAACUUCUCAUUGUGUAGAAAAAACACUUCCAAGUUUGCUUUCCAGAACAGGAGACUCUUCAGCCCGUCUUCGUCUUGUGGCUUCUAACUUUAUCCAGGAAAUGGCACUGUGUAACGAAGUUAAACCUCUUCAGAUCGUUCCAGUUCAUUUGGUUCAGCCACUUAAGCCGACGUCCCCAACACAUCUGGCAAUGAGUCAGGUGGAGUUAGUGGAGCAACUUUUGAAAGAAAUGGGAACUGAAAACUCUGGGUUUACCAUUGACAACAUCAUGAAGUUUGCAACASGUGCUUUGGAACACAGAGUGUGUGAAGUGCGUGAUACAGCGUUGCGGAUUAUCUUUGAUAUGUACAGGAAGCACAAGGCUGCCAUACUGGAGUAUCUUCCUCCAGAUGAUGUAAACACUCGCAAGACUGUUCUCUAUAAAACACUUUUUGAUGGAUUUAGUAAAAUAGAUGGGAAACUUACUGAAGCUGAAAUUAGGGCACAGAAAAAGGCAGCCACAGAAGAAGCAGAGAAACAGAAGUUGGAUGAAAUUAAAGUUCUGCAAGGGCAGCUGGCAGCUCUAAAGGAGAUACAGGCAGAAGUUCAAGCUGGAAAGGAAAAAGAAUCUGAUUUUCAGAAGUCAAAGAAUCAAGACUCUCGGGUAAAUGAAGGGCCACAGCAUGCAGCAGCUGACAUUGCAGAUGAUCAUCCCUCUGUUUCAAAUUAUUUAGAUAACUUAUGCAUUUUUUGUGGUGAAAGGGAUGAAUCCUUCACAGAGGAAGGGUUGGAUCUUCAUUACUGGAAGCAUUGUCCUAUGUUAACCAGAUGUGAGCACUGCAAACAGGUGGUUGAAAUAGCAAGCCUGACAGAGCACUUGCUGAUCGAGUGUGAUAAAAAGGACAACUUUGGGAAAUGUCAACGCUGUAGUGAGGCCCUUCCGAAAGAUGAGUUACCCAAACAUAUUAAGAGCAAGACUUGCAAUUCUGCCAAACCAGAACAAGUGGCAAACCAUUGCCCGCUGUGUCAUGACAACUUUUCCCCAGGAGARGAGGCCUGGAAGUCUCACUUAAUGGGGAAGGAUGGUUGUAGAAUGAAUCUGCGGAGGUUACCUAUAAUAAAUAAAUAUUUUCCAGCACAGUCAGGCAAAACAAGUGGCCUGUAUUUAAUGAAAACGGGUCCUUCAGGAGCAAAAGCUCGAUCCCCUUCUGUAGGAAGCAAGAUCCCAACCCCAAGACUGGGCCCGAGUAAAAGCACUAGCAAAACGUACUCAAAGCGAUGACGUGCYGAGUGUUUCCCUUUGUCUCACUAGCUGCUGUGCGCUUGUUAGCAGCAGUCUGGGAAGCGCGCGCGGCCGAGGCCAGCUGCCCUGGGCGCGCGCCGCGAGCGGCAGAACCGCCACGUGCCAGCACACACCUCGCCUGGCACCCACGCAGCCCRGCUUUAGUUACCGUCUCCCAGUGCAUAUAAAGCUAACAAGAGCAGAAUCUGCACUUGCUGCACCAUUAUUUUUGGCGCAAAGAUGAAAAACGUUAGUUCUUUGGAACUAAAUCUCACGUUUGCAAGUAUACAUGCUGAAAGUCUGGGGAAAUAAUGCCCGUAUUACCUGACUUCAUCAUUUGAUCACCUCAAUGUAAUAACCAAAAUACGUUGCUAACAGUUUUUUGCCAGAAUCAACUUUAUAGCACUUUGCAAACAGUAGUGUCGCUUUGUGUGUUUGUUUUAGCAUCAAGUAGAAGKGGUAGAGGUUGUGAGGCCAAAUGAAUGUACUGGUCGACUUGUGAGAUAGCUCCUCCAYGUGUGUUUCGGCAUUGUAUCACUAUAUCACUUAUAUUUACAGAGAAUUCCUUGCAUCGGGCUUCAGAAAACACCAUCGAAAAUACAACGUUACAYGGUGGACCAAAUGGGCUUGUUACAGUGGCAGGGCUUCCUUUGAUGUCAUGUUGGUGUUGGCAUCUCAGCAAUACUGUAACUUACCUGCUCUGAUGGGCUGUUAGAAUAAGAUGAAAUGAAAAAUACACCUUUACCAGCUAAAAGACUCCUUCAUAAGCGCAGUGAGUAACCCCUACGUGAUCUCUGCUGUGGGGGCUGUGCAACAGUAGAAUAGUUAAAGCUUCUUGAAAGUGGGAUAAAUUAUGCAAGUUAAAUUAUGCAAGAUCUUGGCCAUCCAAAUCUAAUGUCCCCAGCAUAAUUAAAUAGAAGAACAUCCCUAUCUCUGUAUUCACAAGUAUUCACAGAUCUCUGUGAAUACAGAUGUUUGUUUAUCUCAAAGUUGUGGGCGUAAAUUAUGCUUUCAAUUAAAGUCCCCCUUAAAAUAAAAAUACCAAGUGAUAUGAAAUGUGUAUCUCAAUUGAUCUAAAAGACCCUUUAAUCAUGUGUAGAUAAACUCUUGAACCAACAAAUGGGUAAAGCAACAGUUCUGUAAAAUGAAAUAUUUCGACAUYAGUUUGCUUAGAAAGUAAUAGUAGUAAUACUACUACUACUACUACUAAUUGUUACCGUGUACCAUUGUAAUGUAGUUGAGAAGAGUUGCAGGGUUGUGUGUUUUCUUUUUUGUUGUUGUUGUUUUUUUGUUUGUUUUGUUUUCUCCCUACUCCUCCAAGUGCUAUAGCAUUAAUCUGGGUUUGAUUCGUGCCAAGAACUGAGGAGAUUUUUUUCCUUGUCUAGUUCUCAAUUUAGAAUAAGUGAGUGGAAGAAUCAUGCCAUUCCGUGGGAAAUAGUUUAGUCAUUGUGCCAGGAGCUGCUAGGUUUGAUGGUCGGUAAGAUGCUAGGGUGUUUGCAAUAGCCUCCUUUGGCUUUCAUGGCUUUGUCACCUCAAACUGUUYGCAGCCGAAGGAGGCAAAGCGGCGGCCACUGCACAAGCUUCGCAGUCCCUUCCUUCGUGCUGUGCUCCGAGCCGCCCUCCGUCCCUGGGAGCGGRUCCUCCCCUGGGAUCCGGAGCGCGACACAGGCACCUGCUAGCGCCCAAGGGGAGGGCUCGGAGCAGGGCAGCUUACACGGCGCUGGGCCGCGCCGAAGACGAGCUCCAAACGACAGAGCUAAAAGGCCGCUSUGUGGAGCCAUGUGGGUGGCAUUUGUGUGACCACCUCAAACCCUUUUCCUCGCUGCUUCUCCUGCUGUGCGUGAAGUGCCUUUUUCAGCCCACGUGAUGAGAGGAUUGAGCUAAACUGCAAGAGCCCCCYUUGGUUACCUAAGAAGAGUAGGUACCUAUGGAGUUGCCCCAAAAUUGUAAGUGUGCUUUAAUGUCUCACACCAUUAAUUUUGAAAUGCUCUUCCGAAAGAAAACCCCUUAAGAAGUAAAUAAAAUCCGAGUAGAGUCUCGGAAAGCUGGAAUUAGUGCAUGAAAACCUCUUUACUCUAGGGUACUUCUGAGCCUAUUUCUGCAUCCAGCCCAGGCUUUCUGUAGUCAGCCCUGGACUGGUGUACGCACCCAUAGACCCCAGCACGUGAGCGCUGUAGCAGCUUAAAGAGAACAAAGUGCUCAGGUACAACGUACGAAGCCUUAUCUAUAAAGCAACAAACCUAAACUUUCUACUUGGGAAGUGCASGCGGUUUCUGUCUGGGAUGGGAUGACCUGCU